CUCUCUCUUUUACAAAUUUAUACUUGGCCUCUCUCUUUUACAAAUUUAGACACUUGACCCCUUACUUUUAGUAAUUCACAUUUGACCUCUAUCUUUUACGUGUUUAACGUUUGUCUUCGCCAAUCUUUUAAUUCCUGAACUCUUAUUUCCAAUUAUAACUGCAUUAUUAAUUUCAGAAAAAAAAAUAUAUAUCAAAACAAUUACGGAAAGCCUUUAAAAAAUAAGAAAACUAACAUGGAUUUUAAAUUUGAUGGCGUGUUUAUAAAUGUCUAACAAUGAUCAUUAGAUAGCUUGACAAUAAAUUAUAUAAUAGAGUUAUUAUUUCAUACUGAAUGAUCUUUUUUAACACUCAUCAUAAUGCUCGGAUUUUAUAAAUUCAUCAAUUAUCCAUUAUUUCUUAAACUAAUUAUUUAUGUAUUGAUUCAGUUUACUACGAGCUAUUAAUUCAAGUCAAGAAAAAAAGUAAACAAAAAUGUCAAGCAGCGCGUAACCUGCGGACGCUGGGAGGCGAGCGUGGGGGCAAAAAGGGGUGAGUAAGCAUUACCAGAAACAGAAAAGAGAGAAAUAACAAGGAAACUGAGAAAAUCGGACAAGCGAGACAAAGAUCAAGAAACCCUAAAGGGGAGAGGGGGAGAGAGAGAAAGAGAGGAAGAGAGAGGAUGAGGAAGAGGAGGACGAGGUCACCGAGGAGGGAGAUGACGUCAUCAUCAUCGGGCGGGGGGAAUACGAUGAAGAUGAAGAGAGGGGCGUGGACGGAGGAGGAGGACGAGAAGCUGGUGAGGUGCAUAGAGAAGGAAGGGGAAGGGAAGUGGAGGACGAUGCCGAAGAGGGCGGGUCUGCUCCGAUGCGGAAAGAGCUGCCGUCUCCGCUGGAUGAAUUACCUCAGACCCUCCGUCAAGAGAGGCCAUAUCUCCCCCGACGAGGAAGACCUCAUCCUCCGCCUCCACCGCCUCCUCGGCAACCGGUGGUCAUUGAUAGCGGGAAGAAUACCAGGACGGACAGAUAACGAGAUCAAGAAUUAUUGGAACACUCACCUCAGCAAGAAACUUAUCAGACGAGGCAUUGAUCCUCGAACCCACAAGCCGCUAGAUGCCGCUGCUGCAAACGACAAGAGUAUCCAAGUUUCUUCUUCCUCGUGUGAACACCACCAUCUUCAAACCGCCAUUGAAUCCGGAGAUGGAACUGCAGGCUUCAACGAGAAUAUUCUCUCUACUGGACAUGGCUAUGAUGAUGAUCAUCAUCAUCAUCAUCAGUUUAUGGUCCAGAAUAGCCAUUCGGGUCUCGACGACUUUGAUUUCUGCUACGACGAUACGUUCUCCUCGUUUCUGGAUUCCCUCAUCAAUGAAGACCCUUUUGGUAACUCAUGCCAACAACCAAUUCAUCUCGGAGAAUGUUCUCAUGAUAUUGUCGGAGGUAAUGUUACAUCAUCGAUAGCUUCCGAUGAUCAUGUUAUGCUGCCUGAAAACAAGUGAUCAUCAUGUAUAUAUACAUGCAUGCACACACAUAUAUUAUAUAUAUACACUUAUAUAUAUAUGUAUUUCUCGCCCAUUGUUCAUCUUUUGAUGGUGUUAUGGAUCUAUUACGCGUGUGGUGUAGUGUAAUCAGAUUAUAAUAAUGAGAUGUUAUAUGAACAUUUUCAUAUGCUUAAUUACUCUUAAUAUAUAAGCAUGAUAAUGAAGACCCUUCUGGAUCUAUUUUCAUAUGUACAUCGUUCCGUGUUACUACGCGAACUUACUCCAUU